CAACAAGAGGCUGUGAAUAAAAUAUAUUAAAUUAUAACUAUAUUAAAUCUCAAAAUGCGCUCGCAGUAAAGUAUUCAUAAACCAAUCGCAGAAAUGCGUAAAAUUUAGUGCGGAGUUGCUUUACAUGUCAAUUCAAUAUGGCCGACACGAAGUGCUUGUCUAAGCUGUCGCGAAGUUUGAGUGCACGAUAUGAAUCAACAAUGUUUAAAAUGUUUGAUCGAGUUGGAAGUCAUUUAACCCAAAAAGAUGUGUAUUUAUUGACUAUUCUAUCAGGGCGUGUGCUUAAUCCUUCUCAACUGCGUAAAAUUAAAAAUGGCAAGGACCUAUUCCAUGCACUCUCAAAAUCAGGAUAUUGUGAUGAAUCGAAUUUCUUUAGUAUUAUAGAAAUGCUAAAGGUGAUAAAACGUCAUGAUUUAUUACACAUGAUUCACUUACGACAAAGAACAAAAGUUGUUCUUGAUCCUGUUGAAGAAUACCUCAAAAACAUUAGCCAAGUACCUCAUAACUUAGAACCUGUAGCUGGGUGCUCACAUUCAAAUCGUACUCUCAGGAUAAGUGGAAGGGAAAGAAGUUCUGAUCCAGGGCCUUCUACUUUACCAGAUGACAGAAUUAGUUUUCCAGGCAGUGAGCCACCUCCAAGCAAAAGACUGCGACGUAGCCAAAGAAUUUGUACGCGGUCUUUCAGUAAAAAUGAGCCUAUUGUUGGACCUACAGGCUUGAUAGGAUUACGAAAGAAAUUUACCUGUGAUGUUCGUCUUAGAGUUCGUGCAGAAUAUUGCAAUUAUCAGUCUGUUCUGCAAGGUAAUGUAUCUUCCAUUAAGCCUGAUCCUGUAGAACGGCAGCUGGAAUGUUUCACACAAGCAAGUACCAUUUUACGAGCUCGAGACUUGGGUUACAUUGUUUGUGACAUUAAAUUUUCAGAGAUAACAUACCUGGAUGCUUUCUGGAGAGAUUACCUCAAUGGUUCUUUAUUAGAAGCUUUGAAAGGUGUUUUUAUCACAGAGUCUCUAAAGCAGGCAGUUGGUAAUGAAGCAAUAAAACUUCUUGUAAAUGUUGAAGAAAGUGAUUAUGAGAAAGGUCGUUCCAUUUUAAUGAAAAAUUUGCACCAGUCUCCAUAAAUGCAAUCAAUUUCCUGCUACAAAAAACUGUAGUACAAUUUAGUUUCCCACCUCAAUAAAAUCAGUAACAGAUGCGAAAGAUAUAAAUUUUUGUUUUAAAGCUUUUUACGAGUUAUAUGUAAGCUGUUUGUCUCCAAGUUAAAAAAUAAAUAACUAAAGUAAAAAUACUUAUUUUCUAAUCUUUUUUAGUUGAAAUGUUCAAUUACCAUUGAAAAAAUUUGCACAUUAAUGUACUUUUCCUUUGGAAAUUUUACCUUCCACCAUUUUUUUAGCUUGAAAUCAAGUUUUAAAUUUGUUAUUGUACUACA